GCCUCUUUUCCAGAAUCGGGCGGGAAUUCUUUUUCCCUCUUCUUCUUUUUGUCCGGCCCUAUCUGGGGCUCUGUCCGUUCAACUAAUGGAGAGAUCGCCGGACGGAAAGACCGUCGACAAUGCCGGCGACGGCCUCCGGCGGCCGGAAAGGAAGACUCGGCGUCGGUUUGUGCAAUCGACGCUUUUCUCUCGCGGAUCGCAAGAAGACGGAGAAGACAAGAGCUAUGGUGAAGAAGAUGAAGAGACGGAGGAAGACGACGGAGAGGAAUUCGUAGAAAGAAAGAGUAAGAGCAAAAAGAGAAAGCGCAAGACCCAACUUAGGGCUCCCAAAAAGGCUCCAGUUACGAGCAAAAAGGUGAUGGGCACAAAAAAUGGAAAUUUGUCAGUUACUUUCAGGUCAGAUUUCUUUGUAAAAGUUUCAGAGAGGAAACUGCAACAGAAGCAACAAAGAGAGCAACAAGAAACAGUUGAUUUAACAAUGGGAAACAAUGAGCUUGACAAAGAUUUAGAAUCUUUGACUUAUUUGAUAUCUGGAUCCCUUUUGAAAGGUAAGAAACGCUGUAAGCAGUUGAAGGAGAGUGCUGCAUCUAGUAAGGACAGAACAUCGAGUGAUGCGAAGAGUCCACAUUGCAGGCGGAAAAUAACAGAUAACAAGUCUAAUGCUGCAAAUGAUUUAAACACACAAAAUGGGAAUACAUCACAAACAGCCUUUGAUCUACGACUGGAGGCAAAAAUUGCAGCUGAGGAAUAUGCACGCUUGUCUGCAGGAAGGGAAACACAUCCAUUUUUUUCCUCUUGGAAAGCAACAAGAAGACUUCAGGAGCCUAUGGAGAUUACUGAAACAGAAAGAGAGUGGUGCUCUCAAGAGGACGGAAUUACUUCCUAUCCUCCUGUUCAUAUAUUUGAGACUCUGCAGGAUGAUCUUGCUUCUAUAGAUUGGAAAGAUUGGGUACUCUGUGAGGGAACCUCUCUUGACUCUAGUUAUACAGAGAAUAGAAGCUCAUCAGUAUUUGAAGGUUCUGUUGAGCCAUUAAAAUUUGAUAGCUUUAUUACAGUUCCAAGCUCCCAUCAGACAUCAUUUCCACAAGCAGUGGUCUGUUUGGAUCAAUUGCCUGAUCACGGGGAAAGUAUGCUUGCAAUGCCAGCAACAGGUCCUUCAAUGCUGGCCAACGGGCAAGAGGAGUGUUUGUUGGCAUACUUGAAGGUGGUACAAGAUAAGAAAGAAACUGGUUAUGUAGGUAACAUGGAGGAUGCGAUGCAGGUCAAAUUUCUCAGGGAAAGGUUGCUGUCUUGUAAAUUCCGUUGCAGUAAACAGCCUAGCUGUAUCCUAUGGACAAACAAAUACCAGCCAGAAAAUGCCUUUGAGGUGUGUGGCAAUGGUGAAUCUGUUAAGUUUCUCAGUGAUUGGCUACACUCUUGGCAUGAAAAUGUUCCUCAAAUUAACAAACAUUCUGCUGUUGGUGAUGACUGUGAUGUUCAAGAUAGUGGUAGCUGGUGUCAAAAUGAUUCUGAUGCCGAAAACACGGAUGGAAGAGCUGCCCACAAGAAUGUUCUUCUAAUUACUGGGCCAGUUGGGAGUGGGAAAUCUGCUGCUGUCUAUGCUUGUGCAAAAGAGCAAGGGUUUCAUGUAAUUGAGGUUAAUGCAUCUGAUUGGAGAAAUGGAGCAAAUGUCAAGCAAAAGUUUGGAGAGGCCAUGGAAUCACACGGAUUCAGCAGAUGGUCAUCUGAGGAUCCUGUACAUUCACAGAGAAAGCAUACUGUGGAACUCUCCAUGCAAUCAAAUUGCAGAUCUUCCCAAGAGUCUGACUGUGAGGUAAUUGGAGUGAUUUCAACUACAUGCAAACAAGUGCCACUGAAUGUGAUGGGACACUCUGAGACUGCUACAGAGAACAAAACUACUUCUAGUCAAGGUGCAAAUAAGACUCUGAUUCUCUUUGAAGAUGUGGAUACUAUCUUUGAUGAAGAUAGGGGAUUUAUUGCUACAUUACUGCAACUUGCGGAAACGGCAAAGCGGCCCAUGAUACUCACAAGCAAUAGCAAAGAUCCUGUCCUGCCACAACUUUUAGAUAGGCUAGUGGUAGAUUUCACACUUCCAUCAUCAGAGGAGCUUCUUUCUGCUCUAUACAUGGUUUGUGCUGCAGAAAAAGCAGAUAUUCCACCCCGGUUAAUUGAGCUAUUUAUCAGGUGUUGUCAAGGCGACAUUCGGAAGGCCAUUAUGCUCCUCCAGUUCUGGUGCCAGGGUAAAAGUGGUCAAGGAGAGUCUCCAGAAUGGAAAAUGCAGUGUAUGUACAGUCCUCUCCAAUUUGAUAUUGACGCAGGGCACCGGAUUAUACCCAAGGUAAUUCCUUGGGGAUUUCCUUGGAAGUUAUCAACCCUUGUAGAGAAAGAAGUAUCCCAGGCACUGUCUCUGGUGAAAGAAGGAGAACUCAACUCCAGUAUAAUGCCUGAUGCUUUAGACAUGGAUAGCAAUGAAAAAGAACGUAUAAAGGCCAAGAAGGAAGCCAUGCUGAGGAAUUGUUCUGUAAAUGAAAGUGCUGAAUUUGCCUCUCAAUUUGAUGUGAUUGGUGACUUUUCCAAUGCUUCAGGCUCCCCAGUUGCAUUUGCCCGGCGAACUGCGAGGCGCAAACUAAAUGCAGUACUGUCUUCUGAUUCGGAGGAUGAUAGGUUGUGCACUGAUAACUUUCCAGCAACCUCAGACAUUCUGUCUCAGGAUCUUAACUGUGAGUUAUUUCCAGAUGUGUCUAGUGGGCCCCUUCUACGGGGUCUAUCAGCUCCAGGAAACAUAGAACCGUCCACUGACCAAAUCUGUCAUCCUGAGGGGGAUAAAUUAGACCAAAAUCUGUGCAGAAGUCCUGAAAUGGCAAGUGAUCUAUGCGUCUGUGACACAUAUAAGUCAGUGGAUAUAUCAUGUGUUCCUGAAUCAUCUUUUGUCCCCGAGACUGAAGUCAACAGUGGGGAAGGAUGCCCGUCUGGAGCGGUAUCUUGCGGCCAAUUUUCUCUCUCUUCAGAAGAUGUUUCCUUGAGGUAUAUGAACUCAAUCCAAAGCUUGUCUAUGGCGGAGGCCAAUAAUCCAGAUAAAACUGUAACAGAAUUGAAUAAGAAUCUGGAAACCAUGUUGGGAAAUACUACAGAGGUAGAUGCAGAGUCCGUUCAUGAAAAUGAGGAGCUUGAGGAUUCCCAAAAUGAAGACGCAGAGGCUGUAACCAGAGGAUAUCCGGUGUUGGAUGAGUGUAGCCGUGCAGAUUUCAGCUUGGGGUUUACUUCUGUGGAGAAUCCUACUUGCCCACUUGUAGCCGAUUUAGUGCAGGAAACGUGGAGAAAACUGCGUGGACGCCGUGAGGAAUUAAAAUCACACGUAACUCCUGAACAGAAGGAUGCUUGUCAGAUAGUCAAUCUUGCUUCUGGACUGACCAAUCUAAUUUCAGAAGCUGAUGUGAUGCUCAGUGGCUGCCAACCGCUUAUCAGUGACUACUUAGACCCAAUGAUGGUGCCUUGUGUGGAACCGGCUGCUAUGUGCUGGUAUGAUGAACAGUUGAAGAUGACAUCCACAUUUGCACAGCACGGCCUUUGCUUGUAUGCAAAGAAGAUUGCUGCGGUGGGAUCAAAUUUUGGUUACAAAAAUCGGGCGGAUUUAGCUCAGGAAAUGCUGGCUUGCAGCACUAACACAAUGGCACUGGGGAAACUGGUCACACAGGAGAUGAGCAUGGGUCAGAAUUCAUGCAAUUUAGAGAUUGAGCCACCUCAAAUUGACAUCUCAAGAAGGGAAGUAGAGCCGCGGCUUUAUGGUACAGUUCUUUCUAUAGUUCCUGCAAAAUCACGUCUGGCUUUGAAAGGUGCGACACUCCAUGAGUACUUGUCCUCCUUGAGCCAGAUUUCAAAAUCAGAAGGCUCUCGUAUGUCAGGAAGUGCUGAUAUGGCAAACCGGCGGCGCAGGGUCCGUGUUGCUCGACACUACUUGAGGGGUCCUCCACUAAUGUUGUCUCCUGAAGAGAUUAAAUUGCUAGCUCAAUACGGCUGCUUUGGAGAGGUAGUAUCAGAAGGAAGUUGCGAGUAGGAGAUGAUUAUUACAUCAGCUGGUUUUUAAGCAGAUCCAGUAACUUAAUGUAAAUGAUAAAUGGGCCACCACGAGAAGGGGCCGGGUGAGGAAUAGAAGGAAAAGAGGGACCGAAAUAUGGUCCUCUUCAAUCCCGCCAGUUGAUUUGUAAUAUUCUUAGAAUGAAUCUAACUCUCUAGUUAACCGAAGAAGCUUCGGUUUUUCUUUUAUUCCUUUGGAAAUUCUAAUAUGAUGAAUGUAACAUGUUAUUUGAUACGGCUCUGAUUCAGAGAACUUUGUUCAUUGAGAACAAUGAGAAAAGAAAAUUGAAGAGGCA